CUUACCAACAGUGUUUGCACGUCAGCGUAUUGAUCGAUUUGUGUAAAUCCACACAAAGUCUGGAAAAGCGUUAAGAUUGGUUGCCAGAUUAUCAAUGGAUUUACCCAUCCUCGUAUAAAGAUACAGAUCGCAGCAGAAUUUCAUACAGCGACACGCAGCGGUCGUAGUGCGGACUAAAAGCAAGGGAACCUAUUCAGAAUGCCAGGUUUGGCGUAUUUGAUCGUCGCGUGCUUGCUGACGUCUACAUGCGGGUUCUGGGUGAGCAGCUAUAAAGAGAAUCGGAGAAGGUCAAAUAUAUGGGCUCCUUCCAGAAGAACGUAUGAUUGUCGUCCGACAGGAAUGUAUUGUUCCCGGACCUGGCAGUGUUGCAGUCCAAACAUCUGUCUGCUCCGAAUGAAUGUCUCCAACUAUGCAGAUAGAGUCAGGACGUGUGAGAAUUUGGAACUAUACACAAUGAAUUCUAAACCGAGCAAACCUGCAGGGUAUGACUGCCACGACAGUCGGCAGUGUUACGGCGGGUGUUGCCGCGUCAUCAUCGGACAUCGCUACCGACGCAACUACUGCGGGACGUCAGAGAACAAAUUCACUUGUCUCGGAACGCUGAACUAACUUACGAAAUAAAGUUUAGAUCAAGACCCAAACUCGUGUCGUUACUAUACAAAUGUGGUUUCGUUUUCUCGUGUUGUACAUGAUGAUAUAUGCGGUAACGGAGACGGUGUUUUGUUUCAUGCGUUGGACGUACAGCAGAGUAUACACGGUAACGAAAACGGUUUUGUAAUCUUACGUUGUAUAACAGAGUAUAUAUAUAUAUAUAUAUAUACGAUACGGAUACUUUAUUUCUAUCCAUACGUUGUGCAGCAGGACGGUGUACAGCAGAUUAAUUCGGUAAUGGGGACGAAAAUGUUUUCUUGCGUUGUAUUGGAGGAUAAAUACGGUAAUGGAAACAGUAAUACCUGUCUACUUACUAUACAUGCUUUGUCGUGAAUAAAAUUAUUAAUACAUGUUAUAUCGUUAAAGUGCUAAGUUAAGGCAAAGAUUAUUCUCUGGUUUUUCUUUUGGUAUCUACGUAUAUCUAUUACAAUAUGUAAUGUACAGUAUUUCUAAAUCAAUAAUCAGAGCCCAUAUUUUUGAUGAAAUCUUAGCGCUACGAAAUCGUAAAACCAUCGUAGGUUAUGACGUCACUAUGGUUUGUGCUACAGUGACGUCAUACCAUACGAAUUUUUUUUGCGAUUUCGUAGCGCUAAGAUUGCUUCCAACAUAUGUCCCCUGAUUUUCAUUUUCAUAUAUGUUUGUUUCUAGCUCAACAAAAGAAACUACCAAAUUCCAAUUUAGUCACAUAACAUAAUUAGUCAGUUGGUCACACGAAUGCAUUGUUGGAAGCUAGAAAUCGUUUUGUUUCUUCUCUAAAUUCACAUAUAACACACCAUACAGUAUGUGGUUUCUAGUUUGUUCUAACGCCGUUCUAACUCAAAUAUAUAGUAUUGAAAUCGUUUGUUUAAGCACCCCAAUACCCGUGAUUUCUUGGUCUUCAUAUGCUAAAUGAAUGAAUGUUUAACGAUACACCAGCGCAAGAAUACACCGGGUAUUGGGUGUCAAACAAAUGUAAGUAAAUAUAAUCAAUAUAAAAAUCCAAGCGCCAAAUAAAUGAAUAAGCUUCCAAUAAUGUUAACGUGCGACUUCACAUCCACCUGUUUUUAUACUGCAUAGUUAUGAGCUUUGUUUGUCAUUUUAUCAGUUUACAACAAUAAAAUUUGUUAUUAAUAAAGGGCAGCUGAAA